AUGAGCAUGCCCGAUUCGUUACGCGCACUAUUACAAGAAGGUCGAUACGGGGAUUCGGCUUCAUCGGCUUCCACUAGCAGACCAUCCCGCUUUGGGUCACCCUCGUUACCACAUGCAACAACAACGCCAACACCCCAUUCACCGUCGGCAGAUCUUGAUCGACAAACGGCACGCACGCUUUACAAAUUGACACAGCAAUUCAUUCCAGCUGACGAUCCCACCAAUGACGAGGAAUUCAACCAGGCAUAUGAGGAAUGUGCAAGGAUAUUGAACAAUAAUCCUUCACCCUCCAUUCUACAAGAUGAAAAUAGUAUCGCCAACAAUCUACGCCGAAAACUGUCGCAAGAUCCACGUGAUACAAGCAAAGCAUCACGAUUUGGACAUUUAUACAACAAGCUAUCCUCACAGACUGUAUUACGCAACAAAUGGGCUAUCCUGUACCUACUUUCACAGCUCAGCAAUCAAGAAGAGGGAACCAAUUUAAGGGAAUCAUCGCCAUCUAGCCCAGUGGGUCUCGCAAAUGUAUCAGCAUCCGCGCCACAACACAGCAUGAGACGGCCUUACGAGGAACGAAAUAUCCGGCGACGAUUGGCAAGUGAACAAGUGCCGUUGCAUGAUGGACAACCUCUUCCGCCAGCAAUCCAAUUAGCCAAAGCUCGUGAACAACUCGGCUAUUCGAAUGAGACAUUAUCAGAGUCAGCCAUUUUACGUGAUCUUAUUUUCAUCCUUCAAGGCAUUGAUGGCCAAUACAUCAAGUUUGAUCCAACCAUCAAUGAAUACGCUAUUGAUCAAAAGGUUUCUAUUUCACAACCAACGAGAGAUUUGAUCUAUCGAGUGACAGAAUUGGGAUGGCUUUACAAGAAUGUGCAAUCAUUUCUCAAAGCUCGGUUCAACAAUCCUCAAGCGGGGUUGGUGGGACAAGCAUUUUGCUAUGCGCUGCAACGUGAAUUGGUUGACUAUUACAAGCUCAUUGCUGUCCUCGAAGCCCAGAUCGACAAACAAAUGGCAGCUGAUAGCGAAGGCCACUCCGUCCCCACAGACCAAACAUUGACGCUUCGACGACUUUUGUUAUGGACUCGGGAGAGCUCUCAACGACUUCGACUCAUGAGUGUGAUGGUGGAUGUUUGUAAAGAACAAAAGGGUGGAGCGCUCGUAUCAACAAUGCACAAUUAUACCAUCCAUGGUGAUCCAUUCAUCAAGAAAUAUAUCAAAUCAAUGUUGCAAGAGGUUUCAAAGCCAUUUUAUGAAAUGCUGCAGCGAUGGAUUUAUGAAGGCGAGCUUGAUGAUCCCUACCGAGAAUUCUUUGUGGCGUGUGAUCCAACUGUACCUGAAGAUGAGCUAUGGCAAAGCAAAUACUCCAUACAUGAAGACAUGAUCCCUAGUUUCAUUUCCGGUGAAUUAGCGCAAAAGAUCUUUUUGAUCGGCAAAUCUUUGAACUUUAUGCGCUAUAGCUGUCAAGAAGACGCAUUUGGUCUAGCAUCUCCUCAAGCCGUCCAACCAUUUCGAUAUGGUGAUAUACCCGAGGUGGAACGCUCGAUUGAUGCUACCUACAGAGAAACCAGCAGAAGGCUUUUGGAUCUUUUAAAGACCAAAUACAAGUUGAUGGAUCAUUUGCGAGCUCUCAAGCGAUAUCUCUUAUUGGGACAAGGCGACUUUAUUCAGCAGCUGAUGGACAACCUUGGGCCUAAUUUGAACCGACCCGCCAAAACACUCUUUCGACACAACUUGACUGGUAUUUUGGAAACAGCUGUGCGUUCAUCCAAUGCCCAAUACGAUGAUCCAGAGGUGUUGAACCGACUCGAUGUGCGAUUGAUGGAGAUAUCGCCCGAAGAUCUCGGAUGGGAUGUAUUUACUUUGGAUUAUCAUUUGGACCCGCCUAUCAACACGGUGUUUACUCCCCAGGCCAUGCAUCAGUAUCUUCGGAUCUUCAACUUUUUAUGGCAACUGAAACGCGUUGAAUACACCUUGACAGCCAUUUGGCGACGGAGUAGUAUUGCUGCACGGACAUUUGCCGACGUGGAUGAAAUCAGGCACGAUCUCCAUCAGGCACAAAUGGCUAUCAGCCACAUGAUCCAUUUUAUCUACCAGCUACAGCACUAUUACUUGUUCGAGGUGCUUGAAUGCUCAUGGGAAAAACUGGCAGAUGAUAUCGAAAACAAGAGUAUCGAUUUGGAUGCAGUAAUCGAGGCGCAUGCACGAUAUCUCAAUCAGAUCACCGAAAAAGGAUUCUUGAGCGGUGCAAAGAAUCAAGCUCUCUCCAUGCAUCUCGCCGCCAUCUUUGAUACUAUCCUCAAUUACAAGACUAUCAUGGAUCAUUUACACAACUUUGGCGAUUCAGAGAUAUCUCGAGCUUCACGCGAUAUGGGAAAGCUGGAUAAGAUCCGUGUAAAGCGCACAGACACUGAAAAGAAGUUUGAGGCACAAGCAUUAGAGUUUUUAAGCGUACUACAAUCAUACCAUGACGAAGAUCUUCGCUCCUUAUCCACACGACUCAAUUACAAUGAUCAUUAUUCGUCAUCAUUAAUGGCUGUACCAUAA